CCGCUGGUAAGAUUAUGACCGCAGAGACAGAACAUGGCUGCUUCAUCUAAUCUCGUAUGACCGCAGAGACAGAACAUGGCUGCUUCAUCUAAUCUCUUCGCAAUCCCUUCGCGUCUUCAUACAUCUUCUUCUCCGUUUAUCUCCGCACCAAACCGGAAUCAAGUUCGUAUCCUCGCCAAAUCAUGCCCGGACAAUCAGAGCUUCGAAUCCAACGAUUCGGAUUCUUCAUCGGAGACCACCAACGAAGCCCAGGGGGGUGAGAAACCGAUGUCACGGAGACAGUGGAUGAUGACUUGUGUGUGCUUAUCUCCAGCUUUAAUUACCAAUGCUUAUACCUUUGUCUCUGUACAAAACGCAGCCGCUUUAGACAAGAAGCCAGGUGUUUGCCGUAACUGUCAGGGCAUUGGUGCUGUUCUCUGUGAUAUGUGUGGGGGAACAGGAAAAUGGAAAGCUCUAAACCGAAAACGAGCCAAAGAUGUAUAUGAGUUUACAGAAUGUCCAAAUUGUUACGGUCGAGGCAAACUUGUUUGUCCGGUCUGUUUGGGCACAGGUUUACCAAACAACAAAGGACUCCUUAGAAGGCCUGGUGCUCGUGAGCUACUCGACAAGAUGUACAAUGGUCGUCUUCUUCCCAAUUCAUGAGCAGAUUGUUUACUGCAAAUCUGGUUUUAAGCACGGGCGGCAAUAGUUAUGAUUAUAGAAGAGGAAGAGAACUAAUACAUUGUGGACGUAUGGGAAGCUAUAGGAGAAUGGGAUUCAGGACAUGUUUUUGUAAUGCUGCUAGCUUUGUCUUGUAAAUUCAAGUUAAAAAUACUCCAUGCCAUAAUGUAAAAUGUUAUGAGUUAAAAAAAGAGAAAUUCCUUUAGAUA